CCUGUCCGUUUAAACCGAGAAGACACCCAUACCAAGUCCUCAAUGCAAAAAAAAAUUAAUAAAUAAAAGGGUGCCAAGAAGCUGGGACGGAGGAACGUGGGUGUAAAUAGACAGUGAACGCUGCUGCUCUCUCUCUCUCCUGCUCUCCUAUUUCUCUCUCUCUCUCUCUCCCCCCCUCUUCUUUCCUCUCUUUCUUUCUCUCUUUUAUGAAAUCAAUGAACGAGUUAUUGGGUAAGACAUAAAUACAAGGAAUCAAAGCCUCCAUCGGGACCAACUGGCACUGCGCGCCUUUUUUUAUUUUUGAUAUGAGUCUUCGCCGCACGCUACAUGUGUUUUCCAAUCAUUGUAAAUACUGGCUUUGAUAGGACGAGAGCGGACCCUCUCUGGCACGACUUGGUCUCGGAACCCAAAUUUUCUUUUUUUUUUUCUUUUUCUUUUUUUUUUUUUUAUAUUAUUAUUUUUUUCUUUUUCCUCUUCUUCUUCUUCAAAAAAGAGAGAAAACGAUUCCCCGCCCGUCGCCGUCUGCCGCCGUCGUCCUGUACCUCUACCCAACUCUCACCGCGGCAGGUCCGAAGAUGGCAACUUUAACCAACGGGCAGGUGGACGGCGCGGUGCACGGUGUCGUGUCCGCCAGCACGAACGGGCUCGUGAACGGAUUAAGCCACAGCCCGGCGGGAUGCCCGGCCACCAUACCCAUGAAGGACCACGAUGCCAUCAAACUCUUCAUCGGCCAGAUCCCCCGCAACCUGGACGAGAAGGACCUCCGGCCCCUCUUCGAGGAGUUCGGCAAGAUUUACGAGCUCACUGUGUUGAAGGACCGCUUCACGGGCAUGCACAAAGGCUGUGCCUUCCUCACCUACUGUGCCAGAGAGUCAGCCCUGAAAGCCCAGAAUGCAUUGCAUGAGCAGAAGACCCUGCCAGGAAUGAACAGACCGAUCCAGGUGAAGCCAGCAGACAGCGAGAGUCGAGGAGAAGACAGAAAGCUCUUUGUGGGCAUGCUUAACAAGCAGCAGUCAGAAGAUGACGUGCGGCGCCUCUUUGAGUCCUUCGGCUGCAUCGAGGAGUGCACCAUCCUCCGAGGUCCCGACGGAAACAGCAAAGGUUGUGCGUUUGUAAAAUACUCGUCUCACGCUGAAGCUCAGGCAGCCAUCGGUGCACUACACGGCAGCCAGACGAUGCCUGGUGCCUCGUCCAGUCUGGUGGUAAAGUUCGCUGACACGGAUAAGGAGCGCACCAUCCGCCGCAUGCAGCAGAUGGCCGGUCAGAUGGGCAUCUUCAACCCCAUGGCCCUGCAGUUUGGAGCCUACGGAGCCUACGCUCAGGUGCAGCAGCAGGCGGCGUUGAUGGCGUCUGUAGGACAGGGGGGCUACCUCAGUCCUAUGGCGGCCUUCGCAGCAGCCCAGAUGCAGCACAUGGCCACCAUCAAUGGCCUCCCCGGAGCACCGCUGACCCCCACGUCAGGUGGCAGCACUCCCCCGGGCAUUAGCGCCCCCACAGUGACCAGCAUCCCCUCCCCCAUUAGCGUUAAUGGUUUUACUGGCAUGCCGCCGCCCCAGGCGAACGGGCAGCCGCCGGCAGAAGCUGUCUUCACCAACGGGAUCCACCAUUACCCGGUGUUGCAGGAGGUGGUUUUUAGGGAGGACUCAGAGAAAAACGGCUUGGGCGUGGCUCCGCGGAGUUGUUUUGGGGUUCAGGGUGGCUGCUUCCUCUCCUCUCUCUCUGAAGCAGCUCAGAGUCCCACUGCGGCCGACCCUCUCCAGCAGGCUUACACAGGAGUCCAGCAGUACGCAGCAGCCUACCCCGCCGCAUACGGUCAGAUCAGCCAAGCCUUCCCCCAUCCUCCACCCAUCAUUCCACAGCAGCAACGAGAAGGACCAGAGGGGUGCAACCUGUUCAUCUACCACCUCCCUCAGGAGUUUGGGGAUGGAGAGCUGAUGCAGAUGUUCCUGCCUUUCGGUAAUGUCAUCUCCUCCAAAGUGUUUGUGGAUCGGGCGACAAACCAAAGUAAAUGCUUUGGGUUUGUGAGCUUUGACAACCCAGGUAGUGCCCAGGCUGCCAUCCAGUCCAUGAACGGCUUCCAGAUUGGCAUGAAGAGACUGAAGGUCCAGCUCAAGAGACCAAAGGACGCCAACCGCCCCUACUAGCCCCUUCUCCCCUGCCCCAGCCGGCCGCCGCCGUCAACAGGAAGAGACAGGAUUUGUUGAGCUGAAUAAUAUGUUGACCACUUUGCUACCCACCGCUGAGUGCAAACUCAGCUUCUGGACCACAAAGUCUGCUUCAGAAAAAGAGAGAAGAGAGAGCGAGCAUUGACCUUUUGAACUGAGAGAGCGUUUUCUGGUUAGCACCAGGACUUCUUUUCCUCCUGCACACAUAUAUACAGCUCCUCCACCUUAAAAAAAAAGAAAAAAAAAAAAAAGAAAGAAACUUGCUUAAAUGACAGCUACCUUUUUCUGGACCACAGACACUUUUACUUGAACGCCGAGAGGGGAAAAAAAGUAAAAGAUCCUCCGUAAAAUCUACUAAUAAUGACCAACUCCACUAAACUCUCCAAGGGGACGUGGACGCCAAAAGUCCAACAGGAAAAACAAACUUCUUAAAAACUGAACAGCGGAUUGCCGCAGGAGAUCCUUCUGAGAGACGGUUUCGGAGGGUGUCUGGUUUUUUUUUUUGGACAGCUGACUUUUGAAGGCCAAUUUCUAAGACUUCAAGCCACCAGGAGCAAAUUGAGAGAGAAAGAGAGCCGAGGGAGGGAAUGUGACAUUUUCGGGACAGAUUUUGGGAUGGCCACCUUCAGCUCGGAGUGCCUGUCCGUUUCCAGGGAACACCGUUGCCGAGGAGAGCCGCAGCAACGGAUUCCAGGGAGUAUUAUCCGUCAUUCCUUAGUUGUUUUAGGGACCAAAAGACCAAACGUUUUUAUCGCUGAGGACUUGUAGCUCUAAUAUACUCGGACCACCGCAUCUCCUUUCGGGUCAGCGUCGCCUGCCUGGAGAGUUGCACUUAAAGCAAGUGUACAUUUCGAAUAUAUACAAAACCUGUAUAUAUACAUAUAUAUAUUGCUGAUAUGCUUUUUUUGAAUACAGGCAGAACUAUUUCAGACGACCAAAAGGGGUCUCUCACUUCGCUAGUUUACAAUUACGCAAAAUGUUUAUUUUUGUUUCCCUUUUCGUUUUUGUCUCGGGAGGGAUGGCGAGUGCAUGGGAGGGGCUGCUCCGUAUCACAGCCUUAUCUUUUUUAAAAUCGACAUCCUAACCUCACAGAUAAAAUAACAUCCGAAACGUUUGAAAUAUACGAACUUGUUUAUAUUUGCAGUACAUAUAUAUGUAUAACGAGCAUUCAAGCAAAUGUAUUCAUAUAUAUACGGUAUAUAUGGAUAAUAGAUAUUAAUCACAAAUAUAUGUAUUUAUAUGCACAUAUUUUAUAUAUGUGCGACUGUACAUAGAGCGGCUACUGACUACUUUGAGCUGUUAUUUAUUUAUUUAUUUAUUUUUUUUUGUAGAUUUUAGGAGUUCGAAGCAUUGCUCUGCUUGGGAAGAGAACCACACAUCUGGCAGCUCCCCCAAAACUGCAGGCAUUCCUAUCUCUGAUAACCUGUAUGCUGACACACGAGAUGUUGCUAAAAAAAAAAAAAAAAAGAAAAAGAAGAAAGAUUAGCGCGUGUGAGAAAACUUAUCUUCUGUAAAUAUUAUCUGAAAAAUGCAAAAAGCCACCUCUCAGUAGCAGGCUUUAAGGGAAUCGGGCUAAAGAGGAUUUUCUUUAGAGGGAAAGGACAAUUAUCUUCGACUCUAUUUCAAAACAUAUCAUGUGAGCUCACACACACACACACAUGCACACGCGCAUACACAAACUUCUCUUUGAAACUUGAACCAAAACGAAUACGUCUCACAACCCUAGCUCUCUUUUUGCAUUCAGUAAAGUGCAUGUAGCGUAUGGGCUGUCACCGCGUCGAGGUGUGCCUUGUCACCUGCAGAAUCUGCCAUUCAGCACUGUGCUCCCACAUUGAAGAAAGAAAAAAAAACAACAACAGACAGACACAAAGAAACCUGAACACACACUUCUGCAAGCAGCCAAUGCGCUAUUAUGAUGUCAAAAAAAAAAAAAGAAGAAAAAAACAAACCCAGGUGGAUCCAUAUAAUUUCUCAGCCAUGUGUGGAGAGCUUCAGCGCACGUCAAACGGAGCAAAUCGUCCCAUCACUGUUGCGUCCACCGGUCUUUGGAAAGAAAACGACACAAAAAACAAGCAUUCAGAACUUAAAGCAGACACACUCUAUGAAACGUGGGCAUUAGGUGGCCUGUCGGCACAUAAACUCCUGUAAACUACCUUCCUUCCUCUGGUCGAAGCUGGAGCAAACGAGAGGCGUGGCUGAAUGAGGGAAGUGACCGAGCGGUAUUUACAGCUAUGACGUUAUUGUAAUGUUGGUCAAGACGUUGGGAAUGUGGUGACAUGUGGCGGUUUGUGAGCAAAACUCUGCUGGUGACACGAAGCAUUUGCUUUAAAGAUACGUCAGAUCGCCUCAUCACGUGUCCCCCUUCCAAAUGAAUACAAAACCACUGCGUGACAGAAAGCCCUGGCAAAGAUGCGUAAACAAAGCCUUAAAAUAAUGGAGACAUCGUGACCCGUAAUAUCCCACACACUCUGCUGCAAUUGUGCAACAGUAAACUUUUGAGACUUUUUGCUUUGUUUCCUCCCUAGCCGUGCUGCUCAUUGUGCAUGUUGGCAAGAUGCAGGUGCAUCGCAAAAAGAUUAUAAUGUCUUUGAAAAGUUAAUAUUUGGUUCAAAAAGUCAACCCGACAGAUAUUCCUGUGUUCAGAAACCUCAUUCUGAACACAGAGUGAUGUUUCUGGGGUUAAUUUAGCUAACUAUGUCCAACAGCAACUGAAACCCCAAAAUUAGUUUUAUUCAGAAACUUAAAACGACGAGAAACAUGUUUCUGAAACGUGUAAGUUUACGUUACGGCCUGUGAAAUCAUGAGGUAGACUGCAGACCUCUUCACUGUUGGACAUAUGAUUAUUUAAAAUGCACAAAUACAAACACAGAGAGUAAUGCAAACCAACAAAAUCCACCAACAUCAAUUUGCUUACAGAGUAGAAAAAAAUGAAAGUUUACAAAUGUAUGAGUAUUUUUUUUAAAAAAAACAAAUUAAUGACCCAAAGACAUUUUUCACUGAUAUUCCGAUUUAAUGCGAUGCACCUGUUCGGUUUUGGUUCUCCUCCAGCCUUCUAGGUCGUACCUCCAGUCGUCGUUUAAAACUUUUGAACUACUUUCCUUGUAAAUAUAUGCAUGUGCACGUUUACGCGGGCAGAUCUCUUUUUUUCUUUCCGGACAUUUCCCAAAUUGUGAAGACGAACAGACACCUGCCCUUCUUGAAAGACAUAUUUUCUUGUGUCCGUCCCAUUUUGAAGCGUUUAUAAGAGAAACGAACCAUCUCACACAUCCUUCCCACCCCGAGAGCAGCAGGGAGCUCUGGAUUUAAAGUCCCUGCACCCACAAAAGUAAAUGGAAAUUGCUUCAAUUACAUUUACAUUUGCAGGAAUCAUAAAGGGUGUUAAUAUUUAUGUCACUUUAUUUUCCCCUUAGGAAAUAAAUGUACUCAAAUUAAAGAUUUAUUUCUUCCUGAAUUUCUCAGCUAGAGAUUAUAGUACUGCGAUUAAAAAAAUAAUAAAAUUAAAAAAAAAAAAAAAGUAUUUUAUUGCUUUCUACACAUCUUUACCAGGGGCAGCAGUUGGACCUGAAGGACCGGCGCUGGUCUCCUAACUGAAUCUGCUAAAUGAAGCAAAUCCUUCCACUCGGUGCAGCUGCAGUUUCACUUCAUGGUUCUUCAGCAUAAAGUUUCCUACAGCAUUUUACAGAAAAAUGCUGCAAACACCUGCUGUACACUUCCAAAAGGUCAACAGACGUGGAUUUAUUGGACUCCCCUCAACGGAGUAUACUUAAUGAAUAUUUAUAGAUAUGCAUAUUUAUAAGGCUAUAUGACACUUUUGGAUGACGAUGCUUUCUUUCCGUUAGGUGUCAUUACUGGUUUUGGUAUGAAAUGUUCACUAUGCCGGUAUCCCGGCGUUUGCGUCUUGCCUUUUUUCUUUUUUUUUCUUUUAGCUGUUUAAAUAAUUUGACAUUUACCUUUAAAAUCCAGCGAGAAUGAAAAAUAAUUAAAAAAAACCCGCGCCACACAUUCUGGGUCGUUACUCCUUUUGUUUUGUUUUUGCGCUGCGCCUAAUUUACUAUUUACGUGUCAGUCAGAGGAACCCAGAUGACCAACAUGAUCGGGUGCAUUAGAAUAAACUCCAGCGAGAGCGUCAAGAAAAAGGCGGCUCGCCGCUGCGCUGUCUGUCCCUUUUUGACCGCCCCACUGCUGCACCGAGAAAACUUCACAAAAACAGACAGAGAGAGAGAGAGAGAGAGAGAGAGAGACGCGUUCACGGAGCUCGUCUGAGCAAUCCCGCACGUCUUUUUUAGCCGCGCUUUCACGUUGUGGGACGUAGGAAGAGAUGACGCAGUCACGUGACGCGUUCGUCAUCUUCAUUUGCUCUGAAUCAAAGCUGCAAGUUUACAGGCUGGGAUAAGAAAAAAAAUAAAAAUAAAAUAAAUGAAUUAAAACAAAACAAACUUGGUUCAACAACAAGAAACAGAGCAGAAGUUUGAAUAUAAAUAUAUAUAAAUAUAUACAUAAACCGAUGAAUAUACUGUAAAUUAUUUCUUUUUUUGCUCCGUUUUCUUCUGUACAUAGGUUUGCAUAUUUUAUAGGACUUUUACUUCUAUCUACAAGGACUGGAUAAAGUACUUUAAAUACUUUAAAUAAAUAUAUAUAAAUAUAAAUAUAUGAAUGAAAACAAGAUAAUGCUCAUUAAAACCAGGUACAAAAAGAAAAGGUUAAAAAAAAAAAAAACAGUUGCUAGGUUACAGUGAAAACUGUAGGACUUGACCAAGGCAUUUAUCCAGAAUACAGUCAGGGAGAGCAUUGACCUCAGUUAGAGCUUAGACACACGUUGACCUAUUUUAUAAAAAACUAAACAUUUAAAAAACUUCAGUGGGUUCUCUUCAUUUAUUUGUUUAGAUAUUUGUUUAGAAGUCAUGUCUGAGAUGAUAUGCAUGCUUUCACAGCAUUAUUUUUCUAUGAGUUGGUACGUGACCAAAUCUUUUUUUAUAUGACAUGCACGGGCCACCGUCGUGGUCCGCAGAUGAAUCCUUGUUCCUGCCUUCAGCACUUCUUUGGUGACGGAGAAGAAAAAUGUUUAAAAAGAAAAAAAGAAAAAAAAAGGAGCUCCUAUUGACCAAGUGAUGUCAGAGACAGAUUUUAAUCAUUUAUCUUAUUUAUUUAAUUUAUUGCGUUUUAUUUAUUUAUUUGCGCUGUUUGAGUCAAGAUCCGAGCUCUGCCGUCGCCACUAAUCCUCGAAGGCGCUAAUUUGCAUCCCGCUGAAUUUAACUUCCUCAAAGACCGAUUGUUGUUGUUUUUUUCUUCCUGUCACUAGUGAACUCUCAAUGACAAUGCAGUAUUACACUAAAGCCUUAUACAUACUGUAACAAUAGAUCCAUGCCGUUGUGAAAAGGACUCGUUGUAGUUAGGAUUAAAAAGAAGAAAAUUAGUCCCCUCUCAGCAGUAAUUACAAUUUGCUUCCGUCAUAAAUGCUUUAAACGUGUGGAAAAAGAGGUAGUUGUCUAGUUGGACAUUUGAUCAAAGCAAGGUCAUUUACCUGGUGCCGAUACGUAUU